CGCACUGGAGCCCAUGAGCGGAGACGAGGCUCGUUUAGUAUUCAGUGCACAAGGCGAAGGAGGGAGAAGGGAGGGAGGGCAGAGAGUGAAAUAGAGAGAAAAAAACGAGGCUGUGAAGACAGGCGAAAACACAGAAAGAGAGGAGGAAGAGUGGAGCGGAGAGACACCUCCUCUGUCCCUCUCGGUCUACCCUUUGGCAUCCGUCUGUCCCAGGCAGUUUCAGAGCUCCUGUAGAACAUUCCAGAAAUACAGCCAUGGACCACAAUGAACAGUAAAGCUUGAAUGGAAAAAACAAAGAGAGAAACCUAGUGGAAAUAGACCAUACAUCUCAAAUUCAACCCUGCCCUGAUGCUGCUUUAAGGACUGAGCCUGCAAACACUUUCCUCUUCCCUGACUGAUGAUUUAACUGAGAGUAAUAGCCCACGAAAUCUAGGCUAUGCUUUCUGAACAACAGACCUAAAUAUAGUCUCGCUGUUUAUCCAUUGAGCAAAUUCUUAACGUUUAUGUGAAUUGAAUUGGUUUCAACCUUCUUCACCAUGACAAGGACUCAGGGAUGUCAUUGUCAUCCUUUAUAACAAGAGCCUAUGUUAUUAUUGAAAAGAGUGAUUGUGACACACUUACCAAUGGGUUUAGCAACCAUUAAAGCUUUCAAUUAACGGUCAUAAAGAGACCGUCUCGGCUGCUUGUCGAAACCUUGUCCUUCACAAUCCAAAACGAGACCCUGUGUUAUUGGAAUCGGCAGAAAGUGGACAGAGACACCCUCUCCGCUCAGGCGCCAUCCAGUUGGUGCGGGCGGUGAGAGCUGCGGCGCGAUUGGUUGAGUGUGGGGUGGGUGUGCGAUGCGGAUUGGAGGAUGUCGGGGGACUGGGAAGACGACCUUUGUAAGAAGGCGUUGGUGCUGGUGGAGGAGCUGUGCUUCCGGUCUGGAGGCCUGAGCCAGAGUGCCAGCUGUCAAGAGUUCAGCUACAUGAUGAGAGGACCGAACAGACAGCUGAACACAGAGAUCUCAGUGAGUCUGCUCUCCGUCAUUGUAACGUUCUGUGGCAUCGUGCUGCUCUCUGUCUCUCUCUUCGUCUCCUGGAAGCUCUGCUGGUUGCCGUGGAGAGAUAAGGAAGGCGGGGGUCUGAGCUUGACGUCAGGGCUCCUGCCCGGCGGGGCCGUUUUGGGUGGGGUCGGUAGUGGAGGGGGCCCCUCGCACCUUCCUCCCCUGUUGCAGAGGAAAGAUACUCACUCCUCUUCCUCGCUGUAUCCCUCACUCUCGCAGCAUGGCCAGCAUCACCCCCAUUUCUCUGACCUGAUGGGGGUGGAGGGUGGAGGGGGGCUGGUAGUGGGGUGUGUGGUUGGGGGUCCGCAGGAGAUGCAGGAGCAUUCUUACCUAGACAUGGACACUUAUCCCAACAAUGCUGUAAACCUUAAGUUGAGCCAGACAUCUCCCGAGUUGCCCCCAGCAACAGAAGGAGGCUCAGCUGCGAAAGACCUGCCCAAUGCUCAUUCCCAGCAGCAGGUCACCACCAGGCCUAAGCCCAUGACUCACCAGCUUUCCAGCCCUGAUUUCCAUGGUGAGGAAAAGAGUGAGCAGCUGACCAGCAUUGGGCAGAUCAAACCAGAACUUUACCGGCUGCGCCAGGGAGACCAGGGGGAUGGCAAACAAGGCGACACCUGCGGCAAAAUCAGCUUCCUCCUGCGCUACGCCUUCAACACGGAGCAGCUGGUGGUUAAGAUACUGAAAGCCCUGGACCUCCCGGCGAAGGAUGCCAAUGGUUUCUCCGAUCCUUAUGUCAAGAUCUACUUACUGCCUGAUAGGAAGAAGAAAUUUCAGACCAAGGUGCACAGAAAAACUCUCAACCCGGUUUUUAAUGAGACGUUCCAGUUCGGCGUGCCCCUGGCCGAGCUGCAUGCACGCAAGCUCCACUUCUCCAUCUACGACUUCGACCGCUUCUCCAGACAUGACCUCAUAGGUCAAGUGGUGGUGGAAAACCUGCUGGACUUCAGCGAGGGCACCGGGGAGAAGCCAAUUUGGAGAGACAUCGUAGAAGGAACCGCGGUGAGAUAA